GCACGCAAUCCCGCCCCGUCUCGUCCAUGACAUCCAUUCAUGACGCGCAAGGACCAACGACCUUGAGGCUCACGCCUAGGCAGCAAGUAACUCUAGAUGGAAAUGGACUCCAUUGCUAGGCCCUCGUCGCUCAUAUAAGUGAGUGCGUGCGUCGGACGGACCCAACGCCCAACUUCACAUCUUCCUUGGUGCCAAUUAUUUCCCUUGUAAUUAUCAAGCACAGCAAACCGGGCAUCCACGCUCUAGGUCACAUCAACAGCCAGAAUGGCUUGCCAAUCACUCCAGGAGAAGGUGGCCUUUUUUGAGGCCAUGGAAGCACUCGAUGGCCUGAGCGACGGGGAGGACCAGGUCGGCAUUGAGGAGCGCGACCACCGGGCGAGAUCGCGGGCCUUUUUCAAGCCGGCAGAGAAGGCAAAGCCUCUUUCUCGACCAUUACAACUUGCCAGAGAUGGGACAGCCUUCCAUCGCCCUCGCCGGAUUGUGUCAGCGCCUUCGCCAUCCACAACCGCACUGCCUCCUGACGUUAUCAAGGCCACCCCCACUGCCCAGAAACCCGCAGGCCGGGCGCUCGGCAGACUUGGGCGAACCCCGUUGGGCGCCGUGUCGUUCAUCGAGGAAACGCCAGUCCCAGAUUCAAACCGCCACAUAGUCGCGUCGCUGCGGAGGACGGCGACGAUGCCACUUCCUGCCGUCUCGUCUGCACUUGUUGACCAGUCGCCCUCGAUGAGCUCUGCUCUAAGAAAGCGGAAGCGGAAGCGUCAGGAGUCAACUAUUGCGGUACCCGAAUCGGGCCGCAUCUUCCGAGACCUGUCAUUCUUCUAUAUUCCAAACAACGACAUUGCCCCUGCCAGGAAACUUCGCAUUAGAAGAGCCCAGGAGUAUGGCGCCAAGUGGGUUCGGGAGUUAUCCCUGGCCACCCACGUCGUCGUCGACAAGCGCCUGGAGCACAAAGACAUCCAACCUGUUUUGGGCUCCGCCCUAGCUCCUUUUCUGGUCCUUGUGAAUGAGGAUUAUCCACUCGAGUGUAUUCAGUUCCGCACCCUCCUCAAUCCGCACCAGCACCGAUAUGGUGUCCCUGGCUGCCCGUCCCAACCUAUCCCCUCAGAGUCGGCUCGGUCUGCGCUGCCAUCUCGGGAUAGGGAACUUUCACUGCCCCUAAAAGAGCCCCUACCAAGCUCAAGAAGACACGGCCAUGCUUCUCGGAAUGCCACGCCGACGCUCAGCGCGGAAUCAUCUGUUCAAAUUAGUGCCAAUGAACCAAACCCACAGGCAGACAUUGGUCUGAAUAAUUCCGAGGACACUCGGAAUCUAGUUAUUAUCUCUGCCCAGGCCCAGUUUGUUGGUCACGGAUUGCAGACGGGCGAGUCUAUGUCGGGCCUCCCGCAAACUCUUGGGACGGAGACAGAGACUAGUGCUCAGGAUGAGCUAUCAAACUACAUUGAGCUGAUGCAGAAAUACAAAGAUCUCCCUUUAGAUGCGGACGAAGAUGAGCUUCAGCCUUCCGAAGGCGGGCAGCAAGCUAUCUCGGAGCAAGAAGUGGAAAGUGGCUCAGACAGCGAUGACCGCACGAGAAAGAGGCAAUCAUCUAGACUUGGUCGCCCGGGAGGCAAGAAAGACAUUGUCUUUGCGGAUCGCUUUGCCUGCAACCACGGAGGAACGAAGGAAACCGCAGGCGAAGACCAGAACCCAAAUGCUCGGACAAUCGACGUCCUACAGAGCAUGCUUGACUACUACACCAGGAUAGGCGAUCUGUGGAGGACCCUCGCCUACCGAAAAGCCAUAUCAACCCUCCGCAGACAGACGGUCAAGAUCACGACCGAGGAAGAAGCCUACCUGCUUCCCAACAUUGGCAGACGGCUCGCCAUGAAGAUUGAGGAAAUCGUCAACACCAAUAAUCUGCGGCGCCUCGACUAUGCAAACGAAGAGUCGCUCGACCAGACGCUCCAGACAUUUAUGAAGAUCUACGAUGUCGGGACCAGCCGAGCCAGCAAAUGGGUCUCUCAGGGGUUCCGAACCCUCGAAGAUCUAAAGGAGAGAGCCGAUCUCACUGCCAACCAGCGCAUUGGAAUCGAGUACUACGACGACCUCAACACACGCAUUCCGCGCCACGAGGUGGCCGCUCUGGGCGAGUACGUCAAGAAGACGGCUCGCGACCUAGACCCCGCAGUCGAACUACUCAUCGGGGGCAGCUACCGGCGCGGGUCCAACAGCUCGGGCGACAUCGAUCUGAUCGUUACUAAGAAGGACACCACGUCCGCCAGCGAACUGGUCCCGUUCCUCAUGGACCUCGUCGACGUCCUCACGAAGAGGGGGUUCCUCGUGGCGGAGCUCGCGGCGCUGCACAGCCAUCGCCCGGGUAAGGACCGCCCGGGCAGCAAAUGGCACGGUUGCUGCGUGCUUCCGCCCGGCGAGAUGGCCAUUAACAACAACGACGACAACGGCGCAGAGACGGCGCCAAGACGAACCCCAAUCUGGCGGCGCAUCGACUUUUUGCUGGUCCCCGAGUCCGAGUACGGCGCCGCGCUCAUCUACUUCACCGGCGACGACAUCUUCAACCGCAGCAUGCGGCUCCUGGCGUCCAAGAAGGGCAUGCGGCUCAACCAGCGGGGCCUGUACGCCGAGGUGAUGCGAGGGCGCGACCGGGCCCGGGUUACCGACGGCCAGCUGCUCGAGGGCAGUGACGAGCGGAGGAUCUUUGACAUCCUCGGCGUCAAGUGGCGCGAGCCGUGGGAGCGCUGGUGUUGAUACAUGGCAUCAAGUUGGACAAUAUCUAGGAUAUGGUUGAUUUACAGUCCAAUCCCCGAAUGCUUGUUAACGUGGUACCUGGAUAGGUACUUAAUGAAUCAUGAUUAUUGCAAGUAAACCGGCUAGGAAAAGCCUUUGAUGGGCAUCUCUAGAAGAGAGACACUCCUUUAAGAUUGUAUAAUAGGGAUUCCAAUACCUAUUACCUCCCUCCUCGAAAAUCUUUAGGGCAAGCUGUGAGAUAUUAAGGCCCAAGUCCAGGUCCAGGCCACACCGGGUGAGGUGGCAAUGCCUAGUUUGAGAAAACGAGACCGCCCGGAAAUAGGG